UUGUUAAAUAAUACUUGAUUUUGUCUGUUUGUUUCUCUAAUUCUUUUCAAUCUCUGCAUUAUUCCUUAGAUUUCCCAUUUGUUAGUCAUCGGAAGUGAUAACUCGAUGCUAAAAUGAAACACAGAGAUAAAUUUUAGUAUGGUGCUUCUAACACUUCGAGAGAUGACAACUUGGUUUGACAUUACAUUGUUCGAAUUAUGGGUUCAUUUUGCAGCAAUUAUCGUAUCUUCGGUCAUGUUGUGUCUAAAACUGCACGAAACAGUAUCAAUCUCAUAUAUGUGGGUGGCAUCUCCUUUGUUCGUUGGACUUGCAUUUUCUUAUUUUUUCGUAUUCAUCAUUUAUCUUCGAUCAUGUGUCGAAUUUAAGGAUUAUAGAGGUCCUACUGUUAGAGUAAUUCUCAACAUAUUCCGUCUCACAUGCAUCACGCUCUUCAUAUACUUCAUCGUUGAAAAAAUCAGUGGAGAGUUGGAGAAAUCAGAAGUUGCAAAUCGGAAUACGUAUGGGAUGGUUUUUUUGCCAAUGUGGCUUCUCCUGGCUUCGUGGGGAUUUCAAAUGUGUCGGGCAACAAAUAACUAGUUUAACUGCUCAUUCUUCUCAUUUCCUAUCAUUUUCUGUACAUUAUUGUUGUUUUUUCCUAUUUUCAACGGGUUUCCAAAAGAAAUACAAAUAAAUACCAUCUGAAACGUC